CUUUACUGUGCUUUCUCUCUCUGCCUACCUUUUUUCAACUGUACUCUCUGUAACAACACAAGAAACACCCCGCUCAAAAAACCCUCUCUCUCUUCCAAAACCUAGAAAGCAGCUUUUUAAUACUAUUAGUGUCCUUCAUUCAGCUCCAGUUGUCUGUGUGAUAGCUUAAAAUGGAUCCUCCUUUAGUCAGUGAGGGUUUGUUUUCGGCGGCGAACCCUUCGUCAUACAGUUUGGCGGAGAUUUGGUCAUUUCCGAUAAACGGUAAUGGUAGGGGAGGAGGAAGGUUGGGGCUGAGAAUGGGUAGCUUCAGUGGAUUUGGAGAAGUGGCGACGAAUCGUGAUGUGUCAGUUGAUGAAUCGACUGUGACGGAGCAGACUGGAAGUCGCGGAAAUGGUGGUGGUGGUGGUGGGAAGAAGAAAAGGGAAGCGAAUUCCGAGGAUGAAUCUUCAAAGCUGGUUUCCACUAGCAGUGGCAAUGAUUUGAAUGAUUCGAAUGGUAAACGAAUGAAAGUAUCCGGGUCUAGUGAUGGGAAUGGUAGUUCAAAAGCUGAAGUGGAAGCAAGUUCAGGGGAGGAUAACAAGCCCUCUGAGCAAGUUAGUAAACCUUCUGAGCCGCCUAAAGACUACAUCCAUGUGAGGGCCAGAAGGGGUCAGGCGACUGAUAGCCACAGUCUAGCAGAGAGAGCUAGGAGAGAAAAAAUAAGUGAGAGGAUGAAGAUUCUGCAAGAUUUGGUCCCUGGAUGUAAUAAGGUGUGUGUUGUUUGGUUGUUGAUUUUGGGAUAAUCCUACUUCUUAGCUCUAUGCAGGUAAGACCUGUAUAUAAUGAAUUGGUUGAAAGGGAAAACAUGGACCUACUUGUGUUAAUAAACAUAUGAAAAUGGCAGCUAAAUUACUUUUUUUUUCCUUACUUUUCCAUUGCAAAUGCACUCUGUUAAAACUUGUUAUCUAAGAUCCAAUCGUCAAAAAAAUCUAACUGUGCUACUGAGUUCCAUUUUUACUUCAUUGUUAUGACUUAAUUUUCUUCACGUAAGUAUCUAUUUCCUCAAUUUUAAUUUGGUCAGGUUAUUGGGAAAGCACUUGUCCUUGACGAGAUAAUUAAUUACAUCCAGUCACUCCAACAUCAGGUUGAGUUCUUGUCGAUGAAGCUUGAAGCAGUCAAUUCAAGACUAAACCCCACCGUGGAAGGAGUUCCUUUGAAGGAUCUUGUGCCACCAACAUUCGAUGUUGCUGGAAUGAUAUUUGGAUCACAACCAUCAAGGGAAUAUGCUCAUGUAUCACAACCCGACUGGCUUCAUAUGCAGGUUGGUGGUAGCUUUGAAAGCGAAACAUGAAACUGCUGACCUGACCAAUUACUAGUUAAGGAACCAAUCCGCAUAUUAGUCUCAAACAACAUGAUACUACAACCCUGACUAAUGGACAGUUAGGGAAUCAAGCAGUAUAUUAGUCUUUCAGUUCAUCGGUCAAAGGGACGAUGUAUUUGAUUCGUACAUCAGAUGCUGAUCUGCGUUCCCUACACGUUACCCCAUUUACACCAUCCUUUAGUUUGUAAUCAGAUCACAAUGUCUCCUGUAGAAAAUUGCAUUUAUUAUAGUAUGCAUCAUCUAACUAAAUUCACUGUAUUUCAUUUUAUUGGUAUCUAGUCAGUGAUCCUUCCGGGUGAAUGUAGUACUUACAACUUCAUACGAUUAAUGGAUUGUCUAUU